UCGGAUCGUGAGCUUUCUGUUCGUAUACUGUCGUGAAUAUUUUUCUACAAAGCCACUCAGCGUGUUUCAUCCCACUAAUUCGCUGACACUCCGCUCAUCAGUGGGUUUUUUCAGCUUCUUCACUCAGGUGACCACAGAGAUCCAAUACGGGUUUUCUCACAAACCACAUGACAAAACCAGCCAUGUCUGCCAGGAAAAAGCUCCUGGCGGCCCAGUUUUAUGACAGCCGGGGUCCAUUUUAAGUCCCAACCGAGCACUAAACCGAUAUUAGUGAUUUACUGCGCCUCACGCGUGUUUUCAGCUCUGCUGGAGGUAAAAAUCCAGGUUUUAGGAGGCAAAGCUGGGACACAUUGCAGGGCGUAUCGCCGACACGCUGCAGUUCAUUAAAAGCGCCACCAGAUGGAGAUGAAGCGCAAACACAAGGGGGGAGAGAAGAUUAGCUGACAGGCCGCAGCCGCCAUAUUGUUAGUGGCAGUUUGGGUCGGUUCUGUUAACUCUUGCAUUGUAUUGAGAAAAAAACUAUGUUUAUGAUGUUGCGGGUCAUUUUGACCCGUAUCGUGUAAUUCGUCUCAAAACAGUCAAAAAUGAAGUCAAACCGGUCAGAACUUUAUUUUAGAUUACAUACACACUUAUGAGAGAUGAGAAGAACAGAUGCACAACUUGAACACUAUAUCAUUGAACUGCUUAUUUAAAAUUUUCACUCUUCAUGAACACUGCUUUUCAUUGGCCUUGCCUCAUUGUCUCUGUCAAUGUGCAACAUUUUCAGUGUUCCCCACAUGACAGAAUGGACAGAAUGUGACAGUGUGCUUUAUGCAAAUGUACUUCCUGCAUCUCACACAAGAGGUUCUUGUUUUACUGUCAUCUUGGGAGAAACAGACUCGGCAUCUUUUACAUUUUUUUGCACCUGUAUCGAAAGGUUCCAUUGUAGGUUAGUCAGGGCACUGUCGAUGCCUUGGACUCAUCGACAGUAACAUGGGGUCCAGGAUUAUACAGUAAAGGCAGGAUUUCGACCCAUUUAUCCCAGACAUCUCUGAUUGCUGUAAGUUUGUCUCUCUCGCGUCAACCAGCUCUGGUGUCACGGUUGUCAAAUCGUAUGACACGAGAGAUCAUGUGAAAUGUCUCCAAAGACAUUGUUGCUCGGAAGAUUGGUCUUCCAUUCUCUUCAUUCCACAAACUUGCAGUUGCUUCACCCUUCGACCUGUAUACUCCAGCUAACACCAGAAUUCCGAUGUAGGCAUGCAAGCCAGUUGGAUCCAGUGGUUUCCAGUGGUAUCUCACACAUUUCUGUGUUAAAACUCGGGCUGUUGUUGUUUGUAACACAUUGGUUUUCUGUUUUAUAUUAGUAAUUUAUUAAAUGUAAGUAACUAUGUGACUAAAAAUGUUAUACUACAACAAUCUUAGUUGAAAAACUGACAGAAAACGAGAGUCUGUAAAUCUGUUCCAUCAGUCUGGAACAUAUUUAUGCAAACAGAGGGAGCCUGAGGCCUUCCUCUGAGGCAGAUUAUAGCGAUGGGUUGGUCCAAAUGCUUUUCCACUUGGACCCGCUUCCUUUGAGGAUGUCUCCAACCGCCACUCACUGAAAUGUGACGAUAAUAAUAAUAAUAAUAAUAAUAAUAAUAAUAAUAAUAAUAUAAUAAUAAUAAUAAUUGAAUUCCUUUGAUGUUAAGGCGAAAUGUGAUAAACUUUAACUCAGGCCAGAUUGUUGCUCCUGUGUGUAUCUGAUCUUCUCCAGCAUCAUCUGAGGGACUCUGGAGGAAAUGUUUCUGACUUUAUAUGACACAACUCACCAUUUAUUGCAGUAAUGAAGAAGGCCAGACCGAACAGCAAAUAUUCAUUUUUCUGAUCAAAAUCUAAAUAAUUGGGAAGAAAACAGCAUCAGUUCUAUGUUGAUGUUAGUUUCAGUUUCUUCUUUGGAUCGCAAUAAAAACAAAACAAAAUCAAGUUCAGUUCACUUUAUUUGUAACUGAUUUCAACGAAAAUGACGAUUGUUCCUCAGGGCAGUGGAAGAGAAACCACAUUAUACUGAUAUUAAAUCAAUACUACUGGAGCACAGUGAAGUUUAGAUUUCCAUAUCUGUCAUAUCAGAAUGAAAGGAAACAAUAGCAGUGAUAUUCUUCAUGGCUCCUGAAACACAGAAAACUACAUUUAAGCCAGAGAAAUAAAGAAGGACAGAAUGAACCCUGAUCAGAGAGAAAACAGAAGAACAUUCUCUCUGGGUUUGCAGAACUUUGCAGAGUCUCCAUCCCAACUCCUGCACAGCGGCUGGGUGAAUGUGGUCUGGACUCUGUGGAUGGGAGUCAUGGUUUCGGUUUCAGAGACCCAGAAGGACAGAAGACCUGCUCUGUGAUCCAGAUACACUCCCAGUCUGGAGGAUCUAAGAUGGCAGUCAAGAUGUUGUUGUGACCAAAUGUAAAACAGGAAGUCUAAGACCCGCCCCCUGGCUCUGAUUGGUUCCUUCCAGUUAGCGCUGGGAGAAGCAGGAGAUGGAUUUUGAUUCCUUACUGUCAUGACAUGCUGACAGCUUCAGUAAAUAUGUAAAACAACAUGUUUUAUCAAAGUUACUGCAGCUUUAAGAGCUUCAACAUGGCAGGUCCCUCCAUGGUGUUAGUGACCCAAACAACAGCAGACCUGCAGCAGAAUGACAGAAAGAAGGACAAAUGAAGGUCCUGCAAUGUCCUAGUCAAAGUCUAGACCGCGGCCUGAUUGAAAUGUUGUGGUGGGAGCUGGUUUGAAGCAGCACUGAAGAGUGGAGCUAAAUUCCUCCAGUGCAGAGAAUGACUGCUGCUUAGGAGGUUCAGCCAUGUUUCAUUUCAGUCUCUGUUAAAUAAACUUUACAGUGGAGUUCAAAGAGAAAAACUGGAAUAAUCAAAUCCAAGUGCUCCAGGAGGAGGAUUGUUUCCAGUUCGUGCUGACUCAGUUAGUGUAAUUAUAAACUCAGUCCUGGUGACUCAUCCAUUCAGGCUCCCACAGCAGAACAACCACCUACCAAGUGCCAAACUUGGGGCCAGCCUCCCUCCUCUCCACCCAUCUCAUUCUUUCCUACACGGGCACUCGCAUCCAUCUGCAGGCGCUCAGUAAGAGACCCGGCAGCCAGGGGAACGGCGCUCCAGUCCAAAGACACUCAGAAGAACCAGCAAACAGUCGGAGAAGAUCGACGAGUAGUUUCCUCUUCGUCUAGCAGGAUUUAAAAAGGCUCUGAGGUGAAAUGGCGACACCCAAAAACACUCCUAGAGGCGGAAGCACCCCACUGUCCCCCAACCGCAUCACCCGGCUGCAGGAGAAGGAGGACCUCUCCAACCUCAACGACCGUCUGGCCGUCUACAUCGACAAGGUGCGCUCCCUGGAGGCGGAGAACGCCGGUCUGCGUCUGCGCAUCACCGAGUCCGAGACGGAGGUGACCCGGGAGCUGACGGGCCUGAAGGCCGCCUACGAGACCGAGCUGGCCGACGCCCGGCAGACUCUGGACUCUGUGGCCAAGGAGCGAGCGAGGCUCCAGCUGGAGCUGGGCAAAGUGAGGGAGGACCACAAGGAGCUGAAGGCCAGGAACACCAAGAAGGAGUCGGAGUUGGCGGCCGCCCUGCAGAGGCUCAGAGACCUGGAGGCUCUGCUGAACUCCAAGGACGCCUCUCUGACGACAGCUCUGGGGGAGAAACGCAGCCUGGACGCCGAGAACCGGGACCUGAAGGCCCAGGUGGCCAAGCUGGAAGCCAGUUUGGGUGACGCGAAGAAGCAGCUGCAGGACGAGAUGCUGCGCAGGGUGGAUGGAGAGAACCGGAUCCAGACGCUGAAGGAGGAGCUGGACUUUCAGAAGAACCUUUACUCUGAGGAGCUGCGGGAGACGAAGCGUCGCCACGAGUCCCGCAUGGUGGAGCUGGACAACGGCCACCAGCAGGAGUUUGAGAGCAAACUGGCCGAAGCGCUGACAGAAAUGCGCGGCCAGCAUGAGCUGCAGAUCAAACUGUACAAGGACGAGAUAGAGAAGACCUACAACACCAAGCUGGAGAGCGCCCGUCAGUCUGCGGACAGGAGCAGCCACCUGGUCGGCGCCGCCCACGAGGAGCUGCAGCAGACCCGGAUCCGCCUGGAGUCCACGUCCGCCCAGCUCAGCCAGCUGCAGAAACAGCUGACGGCCCGCGAGGCGAAGCUGCGGGAGCUGGAGGACGCCCUGUCGCGGGAGCGGGACACGACCCGCCGCCUGCUGGGGGAGAAGGACCGGGAGAUGGCGGAGAUGAGGCAGCGCAUGCAGCAGCAGCUGGACGAGUACCAGGAGCUGCUGGACGUGAAGCUGGCUCUGGACAUGGAGAUCUGCGCCUACAGGAAGCUGCUGGAGGGAGAGGAGGAGAGGCUGCGCCUGUCCCCCAGCCCUCCUCCCACCAGAGUGACAGGAAGUCGCUCCUCCACCGCCGUGGCCCACUCCCGCUCCAUCCACGGCAGCGCUCGCAGCUCCCCGGCGAAGAGGCGGCGCCACAACGACACCGACAGCGAGGCGUCUAGCUUCGCCGGCGGCGCCGUGGCGCGCACCCGCAUCACCCAGCAGGCCUCAGCCAGCGGGCGGGUCACCGUGGACGAGGUGGACCUGGACGGGAAGUACGUCCGACUCAGCAACAAGGCGGAUGAGGACCAGAAUCUGGGUAACUGGCAGCUGAAGCGGCAGAUCGGAUCCAACUCUCCGAUCAUCUUCAAGUUCCCGGCUAAAUUCACCCUGAAGGCCGGUCAAAGAGUCACGAUCUGGGCCUCCAGCUCUGGGGGAGUCCACAACCCUCCUUCAGACCUGCUGUGGAAGACCCAGAGCUCCUGGGGAACCGGAGACCAGUUCCAGACCACCCUGAUCAGCGCCAACGGAGAGGAGAUGGCCAUGAGGAAGGUAAUCCGCACUCAGUUUGAAGAUGAAGAUGAAGACAUGCAGGUGGCUCACAGCACCUGCGCAGACGGCGAGUACAACCUGCGCAGCCGGACCGUCCUCUGCGGCUCCUGUGGACUUCCGUCUGACAAAUCCAGCAAUUGCUCCGUGUCGUCUGCGUCCCGCUCGUUCCGCAGCGGAGGAAUCUCUGAAGGAUUGGUGCCGCAGUCGUACGUGUUCAGCAGCACACCCCGCAAGACUGGAUCCAGGAUGGAGAGCUGUCCGAUCAUGUGAACACGUCGACCAAUGCAGAAGUUUAUCUUUCAUCUGAGUAGUGUGUAGAAAGUAUUAGCUUUUAGUUUUCUUUUUAUACUUUCAACAUUUUUCAGGUUGUAAUAAUUCUGACUUUUAUGUUAAUUUCCAUUGUACACCCAUGCAUGCUUAAAGAUUAGACUUGACUUAUGUUUAAAAGUUUAGUUUUUCCUUUAAGAAAAACUAAGAAUGUUUUUGUAUCUUUUUUAUCCUUUUAUAUUCAGUUCUGUUUUCAGUCUUUUGCUUCUGUUAAAUCUGACUUGUGUUAUUAUCAAUAACAUUAUUCUAGCUAAACUGGGCUACAA